AUGGCCGGCUGGAACGACCUCCCCGUCGAACUCUUCGUCAAGAUCCUCGAAGACCUCGAGCACACCCGCCAAUGGAGCCGUCUCGCCCGCACAAGCCGCGGGAUCUACAACUUCGUCAACCCCCUGCUCUACCACCGCUUCGCCGAUAAUGCCUACACGCGCGCCGCCCGAGCCGGCAACGACCUCACCCUCCACCGAGCCCUAAGCUACAACGCCCCGCUGGACGGGGGCAGAAUCCUCUGCAUAGCGGCUGAAUCCGGACACGCAAACAUCGUAUCAGCCCUGCUAGCCAUAAACACGGACAUCGAAUCCCGCAACGCAAACACAUUCACGCCCCUCGAGCUCGCCGUAGUAGGCGGGCACGCCGCAGUGGCCCGAGUCCUGCUGAACGCCGGCGCAAACACGAGCCCACGGAGAAAGGAAUACACAACCGUCCAGAACUACGACGGCACACUGCUCCCCUACGCCGCUCGCGAGAACAACAUAGACGUCGUAGCCGCCCUCCUCGAAUCCGGCCGCGUCAACGUCAACGAGGCAGACACGAUCCUCGACAGCACAGCGCUGAACGAGGCCCUCUCGCACAACGUCAACGCGCCCAUGGCCGAGAUGCUGCUCCGCGCCGGCGCAGACCCAAACACACUUUUCCAGUUCCAGCAGUCCGCGCUGGGCUUCGUGAUAUCUGAUACGGACGCCCAGGUAAACGAAGAUCAGCGCGUCGCCCUCGUCAAGAUGCUUCUUUCCCACGGCGCGGACAUCAAUCGCCCGGCGUCAAACCCCCCGCUCCGAGACGCGAUUCAGUCAAGGCAUCCUAUAGGUUAUCUCAGUCCGUUCCAGACUCUUCUUGACCAGGCAAAUUUGAAUGUGAACUACGCUGGGAUUGAAGAUGAUACGGGGCUGACGGACGCAAUUCGGUAUAACAAGUGGAUGAUGGCGCGGGUCUUGCUGGAGAAGAGGGCAGAUCUCGACGUGAACAAGGGGAAUCCGAUGGUGGAGGCCAUUAGGAAGGGGCGUGUCCCGCUGGCGAGGGAGAUCAUUGCCACGGGCCGCUUGAAUGCGCUUGCGUACCGUGCUGCGUUGGAGCAGGCGAUUAGCCAGCGGGGGGUUUCGGGGAAUCUGAUGGUGAACUACUUGUUGCGGGCGCUGGUUUGCUCGGGCUUGCUUGGGGGUGGGGAGGUGAAGAGGGAGCUUGGGGCGCUGCUGGAGCUGGCGGAGAAGGUUGGGAAUAAGGUGGCUAGGGGAUAUGUGCAGGAUUGGAUUGAGAAGAGUGAGACGGGCAGUGGUUUGGAUGAGUCUGGGGGGAAUAAGCUGUGGAGUGGUUCUUUUUAG